AUGGACUCGUCGCCCCGCACAAAGGCACACGACCGCCCUGCCUCUGCCUCUGGGGAUCGCGACACGUCCACCUCGUCCUCCACCAAGCGACCCUCCUCCCAGUCCCAGCUGCUGCCGCCCCUCGAGCUGCUGUCGUCGUCGCCAGGACUGCCAGGACUUCCCAAUGCGCCUCCAAGACGCCAGAGCCGACCCCUCUCGGCUCCCAAGGCCGCGUCUGGUGUCAGCAACAAUGACUACCUGAAGUAUCCCACCCCAGUGCCCACCUCCAGCACCGGCAUUCUGUCCUCGUCUCCCCCACGCGUCCAUGCCCACCCACCGCCCCAACGCGCCCCUAGCAUCGUGUCUGAACGUGCCCCUCUGUCCGCCGUGCCCUCGGUCGAGCUCAAUGAGAACGGUGACACCCUCCGCAUGGGCAGGUCCAGCAACUCCUCCGACUAUCAGCUCUCCGCCAAUCGCCUCAUCAGUCGCGUCCACGUCAAGGCCAGAUAUGUCCCCGCCACCGUCCCACUGCAACCGAACAAAAUCGAGAUCGAAUGCAAUGGUUGGAAUGGCCUCAAGCUGCACUGCCAGGGCAGGACCUACGACAUGCACAAGGGCGAGGUGCUCUCCUUCGAGACUGAGGGCGUCGAGAUCAUGCUCAACGUCCAGGAUGCACGCGUCCUAGUGCAUUGGCCGAAGAGGGAUGCGAGGGACGGCCUGGCAGAUCUGGGCUGGGAGGACUCGCCGCCGCGUUCGGUACGGAACGGAGGGCCUCAGCCCGGAGGUGGCAGCCCACGCCUCGGAAGUGUUGCUGGUCUCGGCUUGCUGCAGUCUAGCCCCCUGCACCGGACGACGCGCAUCACGUCUCCGGAGUCGCCCACUCCUGCACACGCGUCCUUGCAGCAAGUCAUGUCUGAUGACGUCCCCAGCAACUCGCAGCACAGCAGCAUACUGUCGGACUUGCCAAGCAUCAGCGACAGAGAUAAGAGCGUGGAGAUAUAUGAGGAUGAGGAUGCCGGCGAGCAGGGUGUAGCUGCCAAGGCCGGAUCGACUGGUGACCAGAGCUUCAUGACCGACAUCAAUAACAGCUUCUCGAGCGACCUGAGCGACGCUAACUCUGACGACGGAGAGGACGAGAACUAUCCCAACGAGGAAAAUGAUCCUAUUGUCCAUUCGUUUGGCCCUUUUGGCGCCAACCUGAACAGCCGUAUGGCCAUGACUUCCUUUCACGUCGACUCGCCCAAGCGCCGUCGACUCGGGUCUGGGGGAUUUGCAUCGCCCCGAGUCAAUGGCGCCUCUAGAGUGCCGUCGUCCGCAGACGCCUCCAACGCGCUUCUGUCUGGCAAGUCCGCGUCAACAUCCCGAGAAGCGAGUCUCGGCCACAAGGCUUCGCACACGCCCACGCCAGAUGGUGACAAGCACGAGCCGUCUGUGCAGGCCGAGAAGGAGAAGGAGAUCCAGCCUGAUGUCAGCCACCUCGAUGUCGCAACUAUUACCAACCAUGUUGUUAACCAGCUGGCCUUCUCCCGACUUUCGUCCACGCCGCUGUCGACCAUCAUGGCGAACCUUCCUGCCGAGGAGAAGAAAGACCUGCUCCGCCAUCACUUGAAGUUCAUUGUCGAAACUGCCACUUGUAUUGGUACUAUUGAGCGUGAGGGCAAGGAUGCUGACGGCAAGCCGCUGGAGAGCCAGUACUACUACAUUCCCGAGAAAGACGAUGACGAACACAGGCGAGCGGCAGUCGUGGAUGGACUGAGGAAGCCGACGCUGAGGAAUUGUCGGAAGCAUCAUGUGCAAUACUAUUGGAAGAGACCACGGACGCCAUAG